UUAUAAAAUUUUGUAAAUAAGUGAUUUUUCUCCCUCACUGAUGUGCACUAAUGAGGCUGCAGUGAUGGGCACUGAUAGGCUGCACUGAUGGAUACUGAUAGGUGGCACUGAUUGGCAGCACUGAUAGGUGGCACUAACUGGCACUGAUGGGUGGCACUGACUGGCACUGAUGGGUGACACUGAAAUACAGCUCAGAUGGGCAUUGAUAUGUGACAUUGAUGUGGCACUGAUGGGCACUGAAAUGUGGCAUUGGUGUGGCACUGAUGGGCACUGGCAGGUGGCAUGGAUGAGCUCUGAGAGCUGGCACUGAUGGACACUGACAGGUGGC